AUGUCCAACCAAAAUCUCAAGCUCAGAUCCAAUACCUAUAUUGAAAAACAUCACACGUCUUGGUCCCGUGAUUUCGAACAUCUCAAUGUAGCACCAUGGCUAUGUGCAUUCAUCGACGGAGCUGGUCCUAUUCGUCACAACCCCUCGGAAUUGGACUGCAAUGAUGCUACACGGAUGUAUCAAACAUAUACUGGCUGGAUUAGUCUGGCUUAUGUUACAAUCAGCUUCGGUGAAGGGUUUUUCGUACUAUGGCUCAUGACAGGCAUUUUGUAUGAGUGCGUAUUUAAUCGGAAGUGCCCAUGCGACAAGAGUUGUGGAGUUAGUCUAAAUGCAAGCGAAGAAGUAGGCCAGAAAUCGAAUGUUCGAAAACACGAGAUGACAUCUCGGGAUGCGAGCGAGGAAGAAAAAGGACAGAUAUCUUUAGUCGGCUUACGAUACGACAACGAGAACAAAAUUAGGGAGAAAUGCUUCGUUGAAUUCAUACUGAAUGUGUUCUGGAGUAAUCGGUGGACAGAUCCUACAUUUUUGCUCUUUACUAUUCAGAACCUGUGCAUAUACUGGUUCUGUUCCAUAAUUGCAUGCGUGUUGAUCUCGUUCGUCGUAUCCAAGGCUUUAGAUAGGUUAAGUCGGAAAAGUUAG